AUGGUGAAGGCCGUCGAUGGCGACAAGGCCGCCCGCAAGGCGAAGAGCGCGUCCGAGUUCUCCACUGAAAACAUGCUCCGCGACAUAAAGAAGGUGGUGAAGGCGUUCGGAGGCGGUAUAAUGAAGAGUUCGGGGAAGUCUAAGAAGUCUAAGUCAAAGAGCAUGUCCCUGCCAGUCGUGAAGGGCAAGAGCUCAAUGGCGUCGCUGAUUUCGCCGAAUGAAGAUGGAGAUGACGGGGAUGAGGACACCGCAGCGGACGUGGCUGCAGAACAGGUCAAGCCGACUAAAGGAAAGAAGGAAAAACCUGCUGACAGGAAGAAGAAAACCGGUGAUGGCGACAACGCCCCUGCCGAUGGAUCGCAACAGGCUGAGGGCAAAGGUGCUAAAAUAAGUAAGGAUGCCAUGGCAGCCUCCAAGAAAGUGGCGUCGUUGCGACAGUCGAAAAGGGUGAGCACUGCCGCGGUAAAAACUGCGCCGGCUGCGAAAACCUCCGUGAAGUCCGUGGCGUCAAGUAAGGGCGCUUCCAAGUCAGUGCCCCUCGAUGAGAGGGACGACGACUCGUCAUCAUCGGGAAACGCCACGUUGCCCCAGUCGGACGUUGAAAUGACGAAAAAGACAUCUGUUGAAAAGACUCCAGCCACGAAGCUGCUGUUCACCAACGUCAAGGCGUCCGACGAGGCAUUCAAGACGCUGAUCAACAGCCGCACCGCUUCGUGCGGCCCGUACUUGAAGUGCUUCAUGGCGUCUGCUGGGAAGUGCGUUGUUCUGGUCGCCAGCGAAGAAAUCGCCAAGGCGUACGUAUCGUAUUUCAAUGGCUACGAGUUGAACGGGGAGGCGAUGUCGGUGGACAUCUCCACCAGAGGGCCGAGGGGCACCGCGAAGAAGUUGCACAUGCCCUCUAAGGAAUCGUUCAAGACCGUCACUCUGAAGAACAUCCCCAAGGUGUUCGAGCGCGAUUCCGUUGCUAAGGCGCUGGAGUCCGUGGAUGGUGUGAAAUACAAAUCGCUGAAACGUGACUUGGAGGGCAACUGGGCGGUCGGAUUCGAGACUGUGCCAGACUGCGUCAAAUUCACGUCUUUGGUAAACGGCUGCUUUCUAACUUUCGCCAAUGAGACGAAAACCAAGAAGGUGAAGGUGAUGUGUGGUGGCCCAUCGUUCGGCACGAAGGCGUCUCACGCCGGUCGCGUGUUUGUCCAGAACCUCAAAUUCACCACCACCGCCGCCCAGCUGGAAAAGUUAGCUCACCGUUUUGACAAGGGCGCAAAGGUCCACAUGCCGAAAAGCGGCAAGAAAGGCUUUGCUUUCAUUCAGUUUUCCAACAUACAGGUUGCCGAGAAGGCAAUUCUGCGCCUGAACGGCACCGACUUCGAAGGACGAAAGAUAAGGCUCGCCCUCUCGCUCCCCACUGAGCUCUACAAGGACCAGGUUAAAACAGUGGACGGCAAGGCUGAGGCCGAGUCAGCUGCAGCGCAAGACAAGAAAAAAGACUUGGACGAAGGUGAUGAAGUAGAGGAGGACGAAGAAGCAGAUGCUGACGAUAGCGAUGAUGAGGAGGAAGAGGAGGAUGAGGAGGAUGAUGAAGAUGAAAGUGAGGAGGAAGAUGAUGAAGAUGAAGGUGAGGAGGAUGAGGAGGAAGAGGAGGAAGAUGAUGAAGAUGAGGAGGAUGAUGAAGGUGAGGAUGAGGAGGAAGAGGAUGAAGAAGAAAGUGAAGAUCAAAAGACCUCAGGCAAAGGAAAACCCCUGCGUAGCUCCGCUGCGAAGACGAGGAAGAACGAUGAGAGUGAUCGCACAAUAUUCGUCCGCAACUUGAGCUACGAGUCCACCGAGGCGGCCCUCCGGGAAUACUUUGCCACCUUCGGCGCCGUGGAGUCUUGCAACAUCUGCAAAGAUGCGAAGGGUGUCAGCCGUGGCACGGCUUUCAUUCUUUUCCAGAAUGCCGACGACGCACGUAAGAUAUUGGCAAUGGAGGAGCUGGCGCUGGAGCGUGACGCUGAUUUCAGCCUGGAGGGUGCGCGUAGCGCGCGUAACAAGGUUAAACACGGGCCGGCUGCUGGUCUUGGAUUUUCCCUCAAUGGCAGGCGCUUGAUCCUGUCGCGGGCGCUCAGCAGAGACGAGGCCAGCACUUUGGCGAAGGCCAAAGAACAGAAGCGCAGCACCGCUCCCAAUUCCAAGAAGCGCAACGACCUAUUGAUGGAAGGCGUCAUCCUGGAAACCUCGCCGGAGUUCCAGAAGCUAACCGCGAUGGAGCAGAAACUCCAAACCUCAAGCUUCAAAGAGAAACUGGAGAAGAUGAAGAACCCGAACAUGUUCCUGAACCCCAAGCGCCUGUGCGUGCGCAACCUGCCGCCAAACGCGGACGUGAACGAGCUCCGGCGUGCGAUUGUGGCGCACUUCCGGCGCAAUGUAGACCUGUCCAGCAUCUGCGGCAGCAAGAAGGUCGACGCGAGCCGCACUAUCGGCAAGGUGACCUUCCUGUCCGACGAGAAGCGCAAGGUGAAGGUUGGGGAGUCCACCAUGCGGCGUCGUAUGCCGUUUGCGUUCAUCGACUUCAACCACGAGGAGCUUGCGUUGCAGGCUCUGCGUUUCUUGUCGUGCAACGCCGACGUGUUCGGCGCUCGCUACCGCCUCUUCGCGGAAUUCGCCAUCGAAGACAGCCGCGCCCUGUACAUACAGAAGAAGCGCAAGGAGCAGUAUGAGGAGAAGCUGAAGGAGAGGAUAGCUGCGCAGGAAGACGAAGAGGGCGCGGCGGAGGACGGGAAAAAACGCAAGAAGCGCAAAACGUACAGCCGUGGAAAGCUGCAGCGCAUGAAACGCCGCAAGCUCCGCGAGGCCGCGGCUGAACAGCCUGCUGCAAACUAG